AUGCCGAAAUCAAUGUGGAGCUGGAGCUUCGUCCUUUUGUUAUUUCUCCUGGUGCUCGGCACUCCAGCGAUAUCAUCGCGUGUCCUCGAGCUAAGUGAUCGCUUUAUCGAUGUGCGUCACGAAGGCCAAUGGCUGGUCAUGUUCUAUGCCCCAUGGUGUGGCUACUGCAAAAAAACUGAACCCAUAUUCGCCCUCGUUGCCCAAGCGUUGCAUGCCACCAAUGUGAGGGUGGGGCGCUUGGAUUGCACGAAAUAUCCGGCUGCAGCGCGGGAGUUUAAGGUGCGCGGUUAUCCCACCAUUAUGUUCAUCAAGGGCAACAUGGAAUUCACCUACACCGGGGAUCGCAGCAAGGACGAAUUGGUGGAUUAUGCGUUGCGCAUGUCGGGUCCACCAGUGCAGCUGGUGACGCGCACUGAGAGCGUCGAUAUGCUGAAGGGUUCGCACACCAUCUUCUUCAUGUUUGUGGGCGCACAACAGGGCGUUGUCUGGGACACCUAUUAUGCCGCCGCCGAAGGAUAUCAGGAGCAUGGUUUCUUCUAUGCCACAAGUGAGGAUAUUGCAGCGCAACACUUUGAUUUCGAGCAACUGCCGGCGGUGAUAGUGUACAAGGAGGAGCAGCACCACUUCUAUCCGCAUGGUCAUGUGGCGCAUCAAAUGGAUCCGCAGGAUGUCAACGAGACCAUCUUUCAGUGGGUGAACGUGGAGCGUUUUACGCUCUUCCCCAAGGUGACGCGUUUCAACAUCCAUCAGCUGCUAAAGACGCAAAAGUAUCUGGUGCUGGCCGUGGUGCAGGAGGACAAACUAAAUCAGAUUGCCACGCAUGAGCUCGAGUUCCGUGACAUGGUCGAAGGCGUCAUACGCAAGCAUCGUGCUCGCUAUCACGAUCAGUUCCAGUUUGGUUGGAUUGGCGAACCAUCGAUAGCACAUUCCAUUAUACUGGACCAAUUGCCCACACCACAUCUCAUUGCACUCAACUCAACCACACAGCAUCAUUACAUACCCGACGAUGAGCCGCUGCAGCUGACACCACAAGCGCUGCAUCUGUUCCUCGAGUCCAUCAGCAAUGAGAGCGCCACAGUUUAUGGCGGAGACACGUAUUUUAUGCGUGUGAAUCGCGCUCUGUUCGAGGUGAAACGUUCACUGCGAGAGAUGUGGAAGGGAAAUCCAGUGUUGACCACAGUCAUCUUUGGACUGCCGCUUGGUUUCCUGUCGCUCAUCAUGUACUCGAUCUUCUGUGGCGAUUGUUUGGUUACCGAAGAGGAACAAGAGGAGGAUCACGAGAAGCGAGAGUAG